UUUCAUGAACCCUUUCAUAAUCAUCAUCCAGAUUGCUGUAGCAGUCAUCGUAUGACAGCGAAUGAAAAUAAUCAGAGAAAGUCCUGGGAACUAUAGCAACUGUUAAACACUAUGGCGGAAAUUUUGAGUUUCGUAGAUUAUUUAAAAUUAAAUUUAAUUUGCUUACUUUGACAAGUAACUUCUACUUAUUAUACAUAUUUGAUAUGGAGGCACUACAAAAGCCUCAAGUAGUAGUGCAUAUUUCAAAAAGCUUGAAUUACACGGCAUUCGAUAUCAAAUGGAUUCCUUGUAGUACAAAGUUUGUUGUUCUUGGCUCACAUCCCAGAGGAACAGGAGCCAUUCAGGUGUUUGAUGUGUGUCGUGGCGAUGCGAAGCUCGUAUCAGAUAUUGAGAAAAAGACAUCGUUUAAAUGUGGAACAUUUGGAGCAAGCAGCUUAGAACAACGACAUUUGGCAACUGGAAAUUUCGAUGGAAAGCUAAUGAUAUGGAACCUCGAAAAAACAGAACUGCCAGUCUACUCAGUCAAAGCACACACAGAGAUUAUCAACUGUAUUAGUGGCGUUGGGGGUGCUGGGAUAGGAGAAGGGGCACCAGAAUUGGUGACUGGAAGUCGUGAUGGUACUGUUAAAGUUUGGGAUCCAAGGCAAAAAGAUGAACCAGUGGCAAAUAUGGAACCCUGUAAAAAUGAAGAUCGUAGAGACUGUUGGUGUGUCGCUUUUGGAAAUGCUUAUAAUGCUGAAGAAAGAACAGUAGCAGCGGGCUAUGAUAAUGGUGAUAUUAAAUUGUUUGACUUAAGGAACAUGUCACUUUCUUGGGAAAGUAACGUCAAAAAUGGAGUAUGUGAUAUUCAAUUUGAUCGUUCUGAUAUUUUAAUGAACAAACUUGUUGCCACAACUCUGGAGUCUAAGUUUUUUUUGUGGGAUAUGAGAACCUAUCAUCCCAAGAAAGGCUAUGCUAUGCUGACAGAAAAGGCUCACAAAUCUACUGUAUGGUGUGUACGUCAUCUACCCCAAAACAGAGAAAUAUUUACUACAUGUGGUGGCAAUGGAUCCAUCAAUUUAUGGAAAUACACAUAUCCAUCAAAACGAGUAGUGAAAGACAGUGAAGGUAAUGAAAUGGGGGCUGUCGGUAAUGUUAAUCUUCUACAGAAUGUCAAUAUUUCUACCCAACCUAUUUCAUCAAUGGAUUGGAAUACAGAGAAGGAGGGUCUUGCUGUCAGUACUUCUUUUGAUCAAGUUGCUCGAGUCUUGAUUUUUACAAAGUUGGGGAAAGUCUGAAUUGUAUGACAUCAAUAGCAAGAGUCUUGUGUUUAUUUAUGCAUUUAUGAUCUGCUUUUAUGCUUCUUUGUGAGAUUCUUGUCCAGAUGCUGCGUAAAGGAAGACUACGGCCAAAUAUUUUCCCAAAAUAGCCAUUUUUUAUAGUUUUUAAUUCAGAAGAGUUGUAAUUUCGAGAAAAAUACACUGAAAUACACAACUGAGUCCGAAAA